GGGCCACUUGGAGCUGCGACGCGCCAUGAUCAGCUGGUUUCCCAUUCCGGCGAAUCUAGGCCGUCUGAUAUGCGCUGAAUAUGUCUGACCUCAUAACUAUGUGCGGCCGUGGGCUCCACAUGUGGCUUCGAUGCAAUAAUAAUAGUGAAGCAACAGCAUGACGAGCAAGGUGGAUGAAGGGUGACGAGGACGGGUGACUGUGAUCUCCCGGCCCCCCUUGUGACAGUGCAUGUUGCCUUGGAAAUAUGUUUCUUGAAGUCGAGAACAGACUGACAGAACCUGCAUGGAUGGGGACUUUGAAAAGCAGGCAGACAUGCAACAUGGAAGAGCCAACCCUAUGCGAAAACAAUCGGCGAAACGAGACACGGAACAAGUCACAAGCAGGCUCCAGAGCCACCAAGGCCCAAUGAUGGCCCUGGGUGCCUGCAAGGACUGUCGGACUCAUUAUCACCCGGCGAUUCUUUUGCCUGAAGGCCUCUACUCCAUUCCCCGUAGCAGUGAGGAUCCAGGGCCCUCGGAUCUUACAGGCGUGCCGGGCUUCGCAUCAAUUCACCAGGCACCAGGCAAGCUGGACUCGCCGUCCUCCGAUUCUGCCACACACGCUGCUCGCUAAUAACUUGGGCGUAGGCACGCUAAGAUACCUACGCAUACCUACCUAAGAAUGUUAUUGGAGGGUCUCAUAGGCCCGAGGGGCCCAGAGGUCGAUGAAUGACUGGUUGAUUGGGGACGCCAACAAGCCUAUCGCUACCCCCGGAAGUACCUCAAGGACUAGAACUCUUGACUCUUGAC